AUGCCUUACAAUGGUAAAUCAAAAGCUAUGUCACGUUCUCGAACUACAAAACGACAAUAUGAAAAUGAUGAUAUAAUCGAUGAUAAUAAUAAGGAAAAUAAUGAUGAAAAGAUGACAUCUACCACGAAAAAAACUCAAGAACAACAAAUUGUGUCAAAUAAGAAACGAACAAAACAACAAUCACCAGCACCAGCUUCAGUUAAACCAAAAGAAAAUACAUCUAAAAAUAAUCUUAAAUCAUCUCGGUCUCGUUCAGUUGCAGAAUCAUUACCAAUUAAUUCAUUAAAAAAUUCUAAUACAACAAUAAUAAAUAAAAAGAAGAAAACUACGAAUACAUCAUCAAUUGAUAGUAAAUCAAAAAGACAACAAUCUCCAUCACCAUCAAUCGAAUCAACAAAUAAAGUUAAAAAUCGAGCAACAAAAGAUGUACUUCGUAUAACUACGACACCAAUAACAGCUAAAAAUAUUCGUCAUCGAUCAAUUUCAUCAUCUAGUUUAACGACAGAUAAAAAUAAAAAAAGUAUUUUAUCAACAAAAGUAAACACAUCUAAAUCUAGAACAAUUAAACCGACUGAUGUUCAACAAUCACGUUCAAAAUCUUCAAUGGCUCGUUCAACACGUCUUAUGAAUACUACACGUCGAACUAUUCGUCGACAGACCACAUAUUUAUCAGUACCAUCUAUUAUAAAUGGUAAUAUCAAAGGUGGUCAAGUAUUAGCUGUUGGUGAAAAUGGUAUGACACAAUUAGGUCUUAAAAGUUCUAUUGAUCAACGAAAAAAUCCUCAACCUGUACUUAUUCCUGAAUCAAUUGUACAAAUUGCUGCUGGUCCUUUACAUUCAGUUUGUUUAACAGAUCAAAAUAAUAUUUAUACAUUUGGAUGUAAUGAUGAAUAUGCAUUGGGUCGUCCAGAUAAUAAUAAUAAUGAUGAUGAUGAUGAUGAUGAUCAUAAUGAUACUGAUCCAUUUGGAGAAGUUGAUUUAAGUCAAGUAAUGAAUAUAGAUGAAGAAAAUAUUGUACAAAUUGUUGCUGGUGAUAGUCAUACAUUAGUUUUAUCAAAUAUGGGUAAGGGUAAAAUGGCAAAACGUCCAAUUGAAAUUCUUUUACCAGAAAAAAUUGUUAAAUUAGCAAGUGGAUAUGAUUUUAUAUUGUUUCUUAGUGAAACUGGACAAAUUUAUUCAUGUGGUAAUGGAGAAACAGGUCAAUUAGGUCGACUUAGUCGAUAUGCAUCUGAAGAUGGUCGACGUGGAGGAAUUGAACGAUUAAUCACACCUACGCCUAUUCUUUAUAAUCGAUCAUCAAUUAAAGAAAAAAAUUUAUUAUUUGAAGAUAUUUUUACAGGUUUAUCAUCAACAGAACCUGUCUUUUUUCCAGCACAUAUUCCAUCGUUAGACGGCUACCAAUGGAAAAAAUUUGCCGGUGGUCUACAUCAUACACUUGGUCUUACUGUCAAUGGUGAAGUUUAUGCAAUGGGACGUUGUCAUGAAGGGCAAUUGGGUAUUGAUGGUCUAACUACUCAUAUUGAUAGACCAAUACUUAUUCCAAAUAUUCCAAAAGCUGUUGAUAUAGCUUGUGGAAAUCAUGUUUCAUUUAUAAUUGAUGAAACAGGCAAAGUCUAUUCAUUUGGUGCUGGUACAUCUCUUCAACAUGGACAUGGAGAAAAUGAUAUUAAAAUUCCACGUAUUAUAUCAUCGAAAUUCAUGGAUAUUAAAAAAAUAGCGAAUAUUGCUGUUGGUGCUCAACAUACAAUUUUUCUCACGAAAGAAUAA